AAGCUGAGAAAAUAAUAGGCCAAACACUAUUCAGCAAACUAAGACAAUAUAGUGAAUUUAAGAAGCCUGGACAAAUCAAAAUAUUUUGGCCUGGAAUUGAAAAGCAGACUCGAGUACAAUUGAACAAAGCAGGUUUCCAAAGGGGGUGGGCCGUGAGGGGCCAUUUAGCCCACAGGGGCUGAUCUGUGACUCCUAAGGUCCCAUUCACACUUAUGCUUGUCCCGUGCCUAGACAGCAUGGGUCCAAGCAGUUUCCCCCUUGGCCUGCUUCUUUCCCAAGGAAACCCUGCUCUUUAGUGCUAAAUUGGAACAAACGUCAAUCCGGAGAAAACCUGAAUUGCCGUUCGCUAAAGAGCAGUUUUCUCCAGGGUGAGGGGAAGUGUGGCUAAGCCCUGAGUGGUCCUGCAUUUUAAUUCAGCCUUUGCUCCUUGGGCAGUUGCAAAAGUGUUCCUGGGGAAGUUGAUGGUAACGAUAAAGUACUAAUAAAACACCUUUAUUGAAAAAGAAGUUGAAGUGCGUGUUAACGAUGAGUAGCAGACAAGUAAUGGUGGCGGCAGCAGAAUCUGAAGGCAAAAGCGCUACUAAUUUAAUAAUAUCUUAUUAGGAACACUUCAAACAAUAUGAACUACGUAAGACUUGUUAUACUGUGAUCAGAUCCACCUUCUCAGGGUUGGGGUUUGUCCAAAGAGCAGCCAGCCAGGACAAGGUGCAAGGCCAUAAAAGCUCACAAUAGGCCUCGCCUUGUUCUUUGCCCCCAGCUCCUGUGACUCCAAGGCAUACGACUGCCUCUGAAGGCUCUGUAGAAUUACACAGCUCAACUCCUCACAACAGGGCAAGUGGGGCUGGGGAGAGACAUUUACCUCUGUGGGUACAUUGCAUCAGGACUUCCUCACAUCCAUCGUUUCCGUUCAAAUGUGCUAAUACAGGGUGCUUUGGUGGGUUAGCACAUGGGAAUACCACAAAGCUGCAUAUUACUCAAUAUCCUCCAAACAGGGGUGUCAACAGAAUUUGACAGGGCUGCUACAUUGUAUGGGGAUUGGGGCCCCUGCAUCGCAUCCUUCUGGCUUCUGCAAUCUGUUGGCAAGAGCUGUUACUCAUGUAUAUAUAAUAAUUUAGCCGAACCUACAUCGCAAGGCUGUUGCGAAUGUAAAGAGAGGGAGGGAAAGAAAACGUACCAACCCUGGCCUCCUGGGAAGAAAAGCGAGAUGCAAACACAGGAUCAAUGUACGGUAAUUACGGUAGCUCCCACAGGAGGCAGCUGAAAGUCACCAACUUGGAUGGCUUUAAAAGAGGAAUAACACAAGAGGCGGGGCUUUUUCACAGGCAGCCCCCGUGUUGUGGAACGCUCUCCCAAUUUGUAGUAGCAUUCCGUCUGUCCAUCAAGACACCCCUUUUUAGGUGCAACUAUUCCCCUGAUCGCCUGACUUCCCAUUCAUUCUUAACCGUUACUUUUGCUGUUUCAUCGGCUUGUUUAUUAAGGAUGUUUGUUUUCAUUGCAUUUGUGUUUGGCCAUAUUCUUAAAACUUGUUUUCUAUUUGCAACCCCCUUAUAAGCCUUAAUGGCAAGUAAAAUUAAUGAUGGGUGAUGCUGUGAGAAGCGCCUCCUUGUUUGCAAGGCCGCCUGCCCCUGGUCUUCAUGUUCAUCUUUCGUAGGCCAAAGAAAUGACCGUCCCGAAGUGGUUACCAAGUAUGGGCCCUUGCAGGGCAUGCUGGCCAGAGUGAAGGGCAUCGACCAGCCUGUGAAUGUCUUCCUUGGGAUCCCUUUUGCCAAACCGCCGGUCGGAGCCCUGAGAUUCUCCCCACCGCAACCAGCAGAACCGUGGAGCCAUGUGAGGGAGUCAACGUCUAUCCCUCCCGUGUAAGAAUGAGCCAAAUGUGGCUUUGCUGGACAUCCUCCUUGGGCUAGAUUACUAUGAAGGUCCUUUUUUCAAGAGAUGCACUUCCUGUCUUGCUUUUAGUUGGUAGCAAAAUGGUUUUCAGACCCAACUCAAAUCCUCUGCCGUAAGCAAGAAGAGUGCCAUUGGGUACAGAAAGAACAGCUAUGUUAAUCUGUGUCCAUUGGUAAAAACAAUUCUGUCGGGUCGGAAGGGGCAAAACCUGAAACAUUGUCUGGAUAACUCUAGCUUGCUUUAAGAUAGGAAAGCUAUUUGGGAACACAGUUCUUUGGGAAGAAACAGGGUUAUAGCUCUUUAAGUAAACAAAUGGGAAGAUGCUCCCUGGCCCUCAAACCCGUCAUGAGUCUAUUGGAGGCAACAACAGCCUCCUCAUGGCUCCAUUCCAAGGGCUGGGGCAGUAUCUGUCUUCCAAGCCAAAGGGACUUUGCACCUGUUUAAUCCAGCAUUCAGAGGGCACCCAAUUUCCCCAAGGAACCGCCAGCCUCUGGAGCUGAGGGAUAAGGAGGUUUUACUCCGUGUUGUUCACCUGCCCUCCUUUCAGGUGGUGGGGGUGAUUGUGGGAGCAGCGCAAAUUGGGCAGUCCACACAGUUUGCUUCUAGGCAUCAGCAGUGCUGCUUAGGGGGUGUUUCCCCUAUCACCACCACCCAUGGAACUGAGAGCAGGGGCUGGGCUGCUGAGCAAACAUGUCCAUCUUUAAGGCAGCAGGCGACAGAGGAGCUUCUGUGCAAAAGAACUGCAGUUCCAGCUUUUCCAGUCUGACCACAUUGAAUGCCCCAGGGCCUCUUUUCUGGUUAAUGAGGAGCAGAGCAGGCAAGGCUCUUGUCAAGCGAUGAGUCAGUGGGAAACACACACAGGAGCAGUGGCUACUGGAGACAAGCAGGUCCAUAAACUUCUGUCCUGCAUGCAAAUGUAUUCUGGUCUACAACAAUUUGGUUUCUCCCGAGUAAUCCUGUGAAUUGCAGCUUGAAUUCUAAGUUGGAGCCCCUGCCAGGCACACAUUGGCUAUAUAUCUCUGUGUUCCCGAGAAGGCAGGUGGUGGUAAAAGCUGUUUAAAUAUCUCACACACACCCCAACCAUGAGCGUGACAGAUAAGAGCUCCCCUCUCCUUAGCCUGACCGUCCUUUCACAUCCUUUUCUUUCUUCUCAUCUGUUCCAAAGGUGCCUGCAAGACUUGGGAUGGGUGGCUGACUUUAGCAAGAUGCUGAAUAUGACGCUUCCCGACUUAGCAGUGGCCGAAGAUUGUCUUUACCUGAAUGUUUUUACCCCAGACACCAAGGCCAAAUUGCCUGUAAGCAAACAAAGCCUUCCUUACGAGUAUCGCCUCAUGCUGCCUGCAAAUGUGCAACCAGAAGUAGUGCAGGAUCAGAAGCAGUUGCUCUUGAGGCCAGCAGGGCAGAGGACAGAAACAGCAAACCACAAUGUUAUGGGGCUGUUGCUCCCCCCCCCCUUUAAUUGCCCAUGCUCCACUCACACAUGCACACAUGCUUCUUUUACCUUCCUUUCCACAGCUGGAGUGAAGAAAACAAUGAGCAGCAACUCUUUACCUUCAGCCUGUAGUUCACUCUUCUCUGAGACAUUUCCCCUCCUUUUCCUCAGCUUUUGACUGGCGUCUCUUCACAGUCCAAGCCCUUCAGCUGCCCAUCCACUCCCUGGAUCUCCUCAGCCACUCUGGAUGCUCUGCAGCUGGGAUUCUGGGUUCACCCCAACCCCUCGUAGAGUCCGAUUCCCCAUCCAAUCUGAAACCAUACUGGAACCUGCUUAGGAGCUUUGCAAAUGUGGUAGCGGUUUUAUUGCUGCAAUGGCAUGGAUUCUGCCUUUCAGCUGCUCCACUGGCUCCUGGUGCAGAGCACCCAACUUCUCUUGAAAGCUCUUUUAGUGCUGGCCCUGUUGCUCCAUUAACACCAAGUUCAUCUGUGCCAGGAAUGUUGCUGUUAUAACGAGUUCCUUUUAUUUUGUGUAUUUUCCCAGGUCAUGGUCUGGAUUCACGGAGGGGCUCUGAUAUUAGGUGGAGCUUUUAUGAAUGAUGGAUCAGCCUUGGCUGCUUAUGAAAAGGUGGUAGUUGUUGCGAUUCAGUACAGGCUGGGUCUCCCAGGAUUCUUCAGGUGAGAUAGUUUCUAACACUUGAAAAGCCGCACUAACUUAAAGGUACACAGGGCACAUGCAAUCUCUUUGGUGAAGAUUAGAGAUGCCUUUGCUUCUCUUGCUUCUCUUGCUAGGAGUAAUAAAUAAAAAGCUUUGCAAGGAGAGGAAAGGAGGUGCAAAGAAAAGGGAAGAGGAGGGGAAUUCAACUUGCUUCAUCACUGCAUCUUCCUGAUUUGCACCACGCAAAAUAAGACACAACCAAAAGACCUGCAACCCUUUGAAAUUAGUAUUUCUCCAAAUUUUGUGAUACAGUUAUCCAACCAGAAAAUGCAUGUGGAAACACAUAUUAGAGGAAAUGUGGAAGAAAAGGCAUAUAAUAGUGAAAACAGCCUGCGAAGUUAAGAAGCUGGAAGUCCCAAGCAAUAGGGUCCUGAAAGAAGGGCUGAAUGGAAGGAAAAAUGGGGGGACAGAGGAGACACAUGAAUGGCUGAAAUAAGAAGGAUCCUGGAGGAAAUACUCACUUUGCGCUACCUGGCAGCUGUUGCCCAUUUCAGAGUGGUGGUGCUGAGGCAGAAGACUGCUCGCUUCUCAGGUCAAACCUUCAGCUUAUCUCCUUGCAGAGCAGAGAUAGAUCAUUUUGUGGGUGGGGGAUGCAUGUUAACCAUCUAGUAGUUUCUCCAUCGCUUGACUAUUGCCUUUCUUUUAGCACUGGUAGCAGUGAUGCCCGUGGAAACUGGGGAUUGCUGGAUCAAGUAGCUGCUCUCCAGUGGGUUCAGGAGAACAUUGCACAUUUUGGAGGAGAUCCCAAUUCUGUGACCAUAUUUGGAGAGUCUGCAGGAGCAUUUAGUGUUGGUGCUCAGGUAGGGAUCCACUAAAUAUGGAGAUCGCAAAGGCUCUGAGGACUCUGCCAGAGAUCUCUAAACUGGGGCUGGGAGGUGGGCAGAAGAAAGAUCUGGAUCCAGUUGUAAAUCACUUUUAUGAUGUAGAUCUCCAAGGAUUUCUGGUUUAACAAGACCAACAACAAAGUGCUUCCUCCGUAUUAAAGGACACUACUGGCAAAACUAAGAUAGUUUGGGGGAGACAAGGGUAUUUGUGUGGAAGGACUGUAAGGGCCGUUCAGCUCUAGUACUCAGACACAGCAGCUGCCUUUGCAAGAAAUGUUACGUCUUCCACAAAAUAGUCUGAAGCAAAGCAGGUUGCCUCUGAAACUCUGGACCUGCUCAGCUCAGGAACUUCACUGGACAUUUGAGAGCUGCCUUCAGAGCCACCUGUGCCAUGGAGACAGUGCUGGUGGGGGGGAGCCCACAUCCACCUUUGGGAGAAUAGAUUCUAUUUAGGGCUUGCAAGGCUUUAUUUUCCACUUAUCAGCCAAUGGAGACAGUACUGUCUCCAUUGACUUGCAUGGAGAGAGGAGAGUGGUGACACCUGAAGCUUUGGAAAACCAAAACAAGGUUGUAGCUUGCAUCCAAAGCAGUGAGUAAAGGUAAAAUGCACACCCAUUACACCCAGCACAGCCAGCUUUCCACUGAGAUAAUGCAAGGAUUGUUCACACCUGAGCUUAAUGUGCGUUUGAAGCUGUUUGCACUCCCAUUUAAGUACAGCCGUACCUUGGUUUUUGAACAGCUUAGUUCUCGAACGUUUUGGCUCCUGAAAACUGCAAACCGAGAAGUGACUGUCCUGGUUUGCGAACUAUUUUUGGAAGCCAAACGUCCAGCGCGGCUUCCGAUUGGCUGCAGGAGCUUCCACGCUUUGGUUUUUGUACGUUUUGGAAGUCAAAGGGACUUCUGGAACGGAUUCCGUUCUACUUCCAAAGUAUGACUGUAAUGCCCUACACAAGACAUCCCCCUCAAACAGCUGCUCUCCUGCUGAUAACCUGGGAAUUUAGAUUGCCCUGAUCCAGGGAUAAUCCAGUAAGUUUUGAAAAAUGUGACUCCAAACCACUCCACUUGAGAUGGUGAAAGCCUUGGAUUUUGCUCCCGAAUUUUAAAAAAAGUAUUUAUGUAUUUAAUUAUUACUUUUGAACUGCACAGAAAACUUUAGUUUGGGGACAGUAUGUAAAUAUUGAAAAUAAAUACAGUCAAUGCCAUAUUAAAAAACACCUUUGAUUUUGAAUGCCUUGUUUUGUGUCUCUCACCUGCCCUCCUUCUUCCUCUGCUGCAGCUUCUGUCCCCCUUGUCCAAGGGCUUGUUCCACAGGGCCAUCUCUGAGAGCGGAGUCACUCAGCUUCCAGGCCUCAUCACUAGCCGCCCAGAAGUCCUUGCUCAAGUGAGUCUGUUGUUGUUGUGCAGGGAGACAAUACCCUUAAGAGCAAUAGUCUGGUUCCCAAAGUGCUUUGGACUGUUCCAGGGAAUGAAAGUUUGAGGAUUGCAGCUUAAGCAUCUCUCAGAUAUUAAUCAAAGCAGACUGAUAUAAGGGGUGAAUCAAAGCCUUCAAAAAGAUGGAAGAGAGACAGCCUCUGAGCAUGAGCAGAGCUCUGUAGCCAAGGGGGCCCCAUCUAGUCCAGCAUCCUGUUUUCACAAUGGCCAAUCAGAUGCCUAAGGAAAGCCUGCAAUAAUUUGCUGGGAGGGAACAUGGAACUGUGAUUUACAGUACAGUGGUACCUCUGGAUGCGAACGGGAUCCAUUCCGGAGCUCUGUUUGCAUCCAGAAGCAAAUGCAACCUGCGCAUGCACGUGACGUCAUUUUGACCGUCAGCGCAUGCACGAGCGGCGAAACCCGGAAGUAACACGCUCCGUUACUUCCGGGUCGCCGCAACACGCAACCCGAAAAUUCUUAUCCCGGAGCUACUUCAACCCGAGGUAUGACUGUAUAACGUUAAUGGUACAUUAUUAAAAUGUGACACUAGAAGAUGCUGUAGAGCAGCAAGCCACCUGCAAUAAGGAAACUGCAUGUUAAACAUUAUAGAACGAUACAUCUAAUGCUGUCCUAAUAAUGUUUAAAAGAUCAAUGUAGAUCCAGCCUGUGUGUGUUUGUGUGCACACUCCAGCAGCUUUCUUUCUUACGUCCUGCUUUAUCAACCCAAGAGGCUCUGAAACUAGCUUGCCAAGGGUUUGGUCAAUACAAUCACAUUCAAAAAGAUGUGUGCAGUUAAUUGGAAAGAACCUGGUCUCUUCUGCGUCUAGGGAACUGGAGGAGAUUCUCCUCUGAGGUGUUCUCAAAGUAAAGGAAGGAUUGAACUCUGAUUAAUAAGGAUACACACAGAGGCUUGAACCAGCAAGACUCUGGGAAGGGUGUGUAUAAUAAUCUCUCUGUCCACCCCCUGGCCCAGGUCAUUUUAUUCACAAAAGAACUUUUUACAGAGUGUUUGUAAAAACCAAUCAGAUUUCUUCUGAGCAUUUCAAUAAACCCCACGUGGGGACAAAGUUAAACUAUAAACACUAGUUAAGCAUGCAUACUUUUGGGGUUAAUAAAUGAAAACUACAAAGGAGUGCAUUCAGCAACCCCGGAGGUCAUAAACAAUCAAUACACAUGAUAAUAAGGAUGGCCAGGAGGACAGCGAUCAUUAUCACUUUUAUGUGAGACCUGUUUCCUGGCCCUAAGAUUAACAUCCUAAGAUUAACAUAUCAGAAAAGCUACAUCAAAGAAGCUUGCCCACUAUCUUUGAUGGCCCAGGAUGCAUGCCUGGCUAAGCAACUGGCAGCUGGGCUACGUAUGUCACUUGUCAAGCAAGAGAAAUGGACAGCAGAGAAAAUGGCCAGAGAUGCAGAGGGUUGUGGGAUUUGGACAGAAAUUAUUGUCAAUGAAUUAAACCCAGUCAACACAAUGCAUUCAUCGUGGACACAAUGGCUUGAUGCAUAUUUUAUAAUUCCUCAUAGUAAUCCCACCUGACCCCACACCCUGGAUAUUUGCACUCCUACACUCCUCAUCACUCAGCACAAUAUCUAACAUUAGGGCUAAAAUUAAUAACACAAAAAUUGCAAUUUUGGGAAACGUCCAACUCAUGGUCCUAUCAGUAAGAACAGGAAUCAGAUAUGGGGCAUUAUGAGGGCAGCCUUCCCCCGGUUAUGUAACUCCCCCCAUGAAAUCCGGCAGCCCUCCUCCACACAUGACUUUAUCUGCUUUCAGGAAACAUGUUAACACCUUUUCUUUAAAAAAAAAAUCAUGCAAGCUUCUGACCAAAAAGGUUUACACUGCUGGUUUUAACUGCUGCUUACAGUAAGUUUUACUGUUGUUUUGAAUUGGUGGUCCUUGGGAUGAAAGCAGGGGAGAAAUGAAAUGCAUUAAAAAAUGCUGUUAUGCAGUUUCAUUAUUGAGCCACCCUGGCCCUUUGGAGAGGAAGGGUGGGUUAUAAACAGGAAAUUAUAGACAAGAAAUAAGAAGAAUACUGUAAGUGAGGGUGGGGAUUUAAAAGCAAAGAUGUCAUCGUGCCAUGCUUUGUUUCAACAGCCCGUUGCCCGGUUUUGGGGUGUGUGUGUGUGACUGGCCCUGUGGCCUAUCAUGGAUGCUUAAAAGAUGUUGAAAUUCCUUGUCCAUGAAGACAGGGGUCCUUGUUUCAGGAUGACAACCACCCUGAGACGAGUGACAGCCUCAAGCUCUGCUUCAAACAAGCCCAUGGAAAUGUCAGGCUGUUGUGAUUGUUCACCAUCAAUGCAGUGCCAAUUGCUGUGUGGUGUAGUGGUUAAGAGCAGUGGACUCGUAAUCUGGUGAAGCAGGUUCGUGUCUCUGCUCCUCCACAUGCAGCUGCUGGGUGACCUUGGGCCAGUCACACUUCUCUGAAGUCUCUCAGCCCCACUCACCUCACAGAGUGUUUGUUGUGGGGGGGAAGGGAAAGGAGAAUGUUAGCCACUUUGAGACUCCUUAGGGUAUUGAUAAAGCAGGAUAUCAAAUCCAAACUCCUCCUCCUUCUCCUCUUCUAAUCUGUAUUAUUAUUUUAUUCCCCCCUCCUCCAUCAAAAGUUCUCAAAUAAAAUUGCAAAAGCCUCGGGCUGUGAGGCCAGCAGUUCUGCGCUGGUGCAUUGCUUGAGGAGCAAAACAGAAGAAGAACUCAGAACCCUGAAUACCAACUUGACCCUGGUGAGUCUGAAAACUUCAACGACAUCCACAUAAUGUGAUGCUCUUCCGCUCUUUUUUUGCUCUCCUUUGUUUAUUUGGGUCGGGAGGUACGUGGGCCACAAACUGUUGGAAUCUUCCUAGAUGAAAAGAUUUAAACAUGAGGGAGUUUGCAUUGUUAUCCAAUGGGACAACAUGCACACAUGCCAAAAGGUUUGUUUGGACUAAGCCCAUGCCUCUCCAGGGUCUUUCUGUUUGGCGAUUCGUCAUUUUGCCUCAUACAAACACACAUGUAUUUUUCUCAUUCCAAAUCCUUCUUGGUCGGGUUUCAAGCAUAUUAACACUUUGGGGAAAGGCUACAGUUUAGUGGGAGAGAAUCUGGCUUGCAUGUGGAAGUUUCUAGAUUUAAUCCCAGCAUCUCCAGGUUGGAGUGGGAAAGGCCCGUGCCCAAAACCUUGGAGCGUGGCUACCAGUCAGUGGAGAUAAUAUUGAGCUAAAUGUGGUCUGGCUUGUAAUAAGGCAGCUUCCUAUGUCCCUGCUUUUGGAAUUGUCCAGUUUUGCUUCAUUCUUGUUAUACAUAACUUUUGCAGUUGUUUCUAGGGAUCCAAUACACAUUAAAGAUAACUUUUCUUUAAAAACGAACAGGGAUUUGGGAUUAUCCCCGCAGUAGUUGAUGGAGACUUCAUUCGAAAGGCACCUGAGGAACUACUGGCCUCAAAGGAACUCAACACUGUCCCAUAUCUAUUAGGUGUGAAUAAUCACGAAUACGGAUGGGUUGUUCCUGCGGUAAGUUGCUCACAAUUUAUUUUUGUACCCUGAUGUGUGGCUGCAAUAGAGUCUGGUGCUUUUGAAUAAUAUUUUGAAAGCAAAUGAUGUUUGCUGAAAUUCCCUGCCCCUCCUUCCCUUCUUCCUCAUCCUCUUUAUGGAUUUACCAUGUCUUUUGUGCCUUUACAAACUCAGGUAAAAGGAGUGAAGGCCAGGUUCCAUAUUCCUUGGAUGAUAUUGAAUGUGAAGUCUCUAUUUAAUUCCACAGGCAAUGAACAUCUCCGGCAUAACUGAAGGCAUGGAUAAGGAGACCAUCAUUGCAUUGUUUCAGCGGAUAACCGCCUCCAUGGUAAGAGAGAAGCCAACGAGCCCUACUUACUGAGCUUUCUACAAGCUCCAGUGUGUAUGGGAAAGGGGAGAUAACAUAAAGAGGGGCAGAAAAAACACCUGCAAAACAGGGCCGGCCCCUUCCAAAGGCCUUUCCCUUCCAGCCCUUUGUGGUUUCAUUUUUGCAGCCUUUAAAGCAGGGAUUAAACAUGCAUCUAGGAUCAAAUGAUCCACAACAUCAGGUGCCAGUUACAGAAACAAGAACAAAAACUCUGGGUGUGGUGGCUGGGGGUUGGGGACCCUCCGCACCUUUGCAGAGUGUGAGACCCACCCACAAGCAGCUGGUGGCAGUGGAGGAAAACCCAGAGGCCCCUUUGCUUUCUUUUGCAAACAGGCAUCUCUGCUGCCACUUUACAUGUCUUAAAGCAGGGGUGUCCAACAGGUCGAUCCCCUCAAAGUUUUGGUAGAGGUCUCUGGCCCCUUCCCUGCUUUUAUGGAAACCAGGGAGGUGGGAUUAAGUCUUCAUCACUAGUUCCCCACCCCUUCCCUCCCUGUCAGGGGUGCAUCAUUUACACCCCUCCACAAAUCCAUCCAUUCACACCUACACACACCCUUGACACAGACAUUUAAAGCUGCCUUUCUUUUGCCUCUCCCCUUUUCUCCUCCCACAUCCCUGAAAUUGUUCCCAUUCACAUGAGUGGGAUGCUUUCACUAACCCUGUUGUGCAAAGGUGCAAUUGAGGAGAGGGUUGUUUUCUUCCCAGCUCCUCCCCAGCCCAUUCCAAUUCCUCUCUCCUUGCAUGAUAAAUUAGCCUUGGGGAGGGGGGAAAACCUAUUUUCCUCUAACCCUAAUUGCCAUGUUUGGGGGCAGGAAGCAGAUGUGUGGGUGUAGGAUCCCAAAGCUUUGAGGGCUAUGAGUGGCCCACAAGCCAGAGGUUUCCUCUCCUUGUCAUGUGUUGUCGCUGUUGUUUCCUGGAAGAGCCCAGCUGCCGCACCCAUUUCCCUGGCGGCAUUUGCUGGGCAAUGGAUGUCGCAGGAGGGGCAGUGGUUCCCAUGGCCUUCUCUAAUGUGCCUGCUUCCUCCUUUCCUUGCAGAAUUUAUCACCUGAGCCUCUGCAGAUGGCACUGGAUGAAUACUUGGGAGACACCAAGGACCGUGUCAAGUUACGAGAUCGCUUUCUGGACAUGAUGGGAGAUAUGGUCUUUGUUGCUCCUGCUGUUGAGAUAGCUAGAUAUCACAGAGGUGAUUUCACUUUUGAAAUAACGGAAUGACCACAGCAAACCGUUAUUUAUCUAUUUUAUUUAUUAGAUUUAUAUACCAACCUUCAUCAUAAGAUCUCAUUAGAAGCUCUUGCAUUGGGGAAAUUUCUAGAGGCUCCAUGAUUGUCAAGAGGUGCUGGGUUCUAGUCUUGCAACCCAACCCGGAUGAGAAAAAAAUACUUGGGGGGAGGGGGAGGGAAGAUGCCGCUGGUCCAGGGGGGUGGGUUCAGCCUGCCUCACCCUUUUGCUCUCCCCACAAUCCGUCCUCUGAUCCUAUGCCAGGUGGAGUAUGCAUUUUAUUUAUGAUAGAUCACUUUCUAACCCCACUUUUCCACCCAGUGGAACCACAUCAAAGUACGAAGUGAAAUACAAAAUAACAUUCAAAACCAUUAGACCCACACAGAUAAAAUGUCUUCCAUGAAACCAGUGUUUUUCUUCUAAAAAUAUGUUUAGGGGGUGCUCUCAUUCUGACUCAAGAAAAGCACCAUUUUAUAGUUCAAAUCGGGGAAAAUAAAUACAGUAAAUGGGCUAAAGUACAAAGAUUCACAAAAUGUUUUGGGGGUAUGCGUCCCCCUGUGUCCACCCAGAAAAAAGUACUGCAUGAAACUAAUGCCACCAUAUUUACAGUUGAUAUUGUAAGUAAACUUUGGAGACCAUAACCCUGUCUGAUUCCCCCUCCCCCCCCCCCAAUUUAUUUACUGCAUUUAUAUUCUACUCUCUUUUUUUCUGCAAGGAGCUCAAGGUAGCAUCCUCAUUUAAUCCCUAUACAACAACCUUUUUGCUGUAGUUUAGGCUGAGAGGCAAUGACUAGCCAAGGUUACGCAGUUAGCUGCAUGGCCAAGUGGGGAUUUGAACCCAGGUCUCGCAGGUUCUAGGUCCAACAUUUCACCCUAGCUUUGCUUGCUGAUAGAAGGUCAUCAGAGAAUGGGCUGUGUGGGCUUCCUUUGGCAAAGAUAUCGAAAGUCCAGGAGCGGUCACUGAAAAGCCCCUUUCUUGAAAUUUCUGCCAAAUACACUUCUUCAGGUAUUUGUGGCACAGACAGAAGCUCCCUCUCUCUCCUCCUCUGUCCCUGAUCUCAACACUCAAGCAGACUUGUAUGAGAGCAAUCUUUUGGAUAUCCUGGUCCCAAGUCAUGUACUGUCAUAAUGAACUUUUUGACUUGUGCCCAGAGACGACUUCUAGACAGUGUGUCUUGCUCCCAGUAGCUGGCAGUGACUAGCUGCCCAGGCAUUCUGAGCCAGUUGCUAUAGGAGUCCAAAUUAUAGCUGCCACUAAGACAUGUGUCCCUGUGAUGCGGUAUGUGGUGAACACAUGAUAUUAACAAAUGCAUUGUGCAUGCUCAUGACUGUGAUCAUAUGUGCUCUGUGGAUCACAACCAUCGUAAUGUAUGGUGUCCCAGUAAUCACUGCAAACACUGAUCUCUCUCUCUCCCCCCUCCCCCACCCACUUUUUAUUUCAGAUUCUGGAGCUCCUGUCUACCUUUAUGAAUUCCAGCACCGGCCCAGUGCAUUAAAACACGCAAAGCCAGAUUUUGUGAAGGCAGAUCAUGGUGAUGAACUUGCCUUUGUAUUUGGGGUACCAUUCUUAGGCAGUGAGUCAGCCGCUUUGAUGGGUAAGAAUCUUAUUGAUGUUUUCUUCUGCUUUGCUUUUAUAAGGCAGGGAAAGGUGCAGUUGCACAGGAGAAAGUCAAUAAGGUCAGAAGGAUUUCUUAAGGCUGGGCAAGACUGGCUUCUUUUGUAAUGGAGAUUAUUGCCUCAAUAGCUGGAUCUUCCUUAAGUCUUCUGAAGGCGUAGGUGGCAUAGCGUAGGGGGGGCUGCAAUCGCCCUGGGUUCAUUUUUCAGGGUGGGGCAAGCACUGCUCCUGCCCCUCCCUGAGCCAGGCUGGCACUGCUUUGUGAGACUAGGAUCUGAUAUAUCCCAGCCUUGCAAAGCCACUUGGGGAGGGCGGCGUGAGAAGGGAGCAACAACCAUGCACCCUUCGUUCCCAGCCACACUUUUGCUGGUGAGGCCGGGGUCGAAGGGAGCAUGGCUGGUGUGCCUUUCUUAUGCUGCCCUCCCCGGAUUCGAGCCUUGCAAAGCCAUUCUGGGAGUGCAGUGUGAGGACACAACAGGCAUGCCACUAGGGACUGGUGUUGCUCCAGCAGUGACGAGGGCUGGCUGGGUGAGCUAAGUGGGCUCCAUUUGUUCUUUGUGUCUUGCCCCGUGUGAGCGCAUGUGAACUGGGCAUCAUGGAGACACAUGGCUUUUCCCGCUUCUAGCUCAGGAUAAGUGGGCAGGAAGGGGCAGAGUCUUGCAGCUCUGGAAUGUACCUUUUGGCGGUUUGCCUCACUCUGGAAGUCUGAUGUGGGUUUUGCUUCUGGGGUGUUUAAACUGCUGCCUCCAGCUAUGCUUAACCUGUAUAGAUCUGUAAAGAAACUCUAAUAUUAUGAAAUGGCCUCAGCGACCUCCUUCCAAAGGCAACCAAACUUGGGUGAGUGGAGCUGACCUGGAACUUCUCCCCAUUUGGAGAAGCGGGCUGAAUAACAACAUUAUCAAGGAUUAAUUUAAUCAUUAACCAGCUUUAGCAAAUCACAGGCUGCUGUUUAAAUAUGCCCAAGGAAUUUCAAUAUUUGCCAGACUGUCCGUCCCCCCAAACAAAAAAAAAAUAUGGGAACUGUAGUUUAAGGGUGCUGGGAGUUGCAACUCUGUGGCAUGCAAACUACAGCUCCCAGUGCUUGAUAUCUUUACUAAGCCGCUCUGGGAAUUUAUCUGAAAGGUAGAAGUUUAUGUCUGAUAGGAAACAAAAACCAUAAACAGAUGAGGAAGCAAAACAAAUUUUAAGCAAAUGAUAACAAUGAAACACCUCUUUAAAGCUCUACUGAUAGUCAAUACCAUAAAUUCUACAUGAAUUACUACAUGCUACAUGACUAAUACAUUCUUCCCCCUGUACUUCUCACAUAAAGCGACAGAGGCCGAGAAAGAGCUCAGCAGAAAAAUGAUGAAAUACUGGAGCAACUUUGCCCGAAAUGGGUAAGAUUCUUGGCUAUUUCAAAACACUAUGCCUCAGUGGUUGAAAUAUUUGCAUUGUUAUUAAUAAUUGCUAUUAUUUGAUAUCUAUCAUAAAGCAUCUGUAGGUGACUUACAAAUACAAGGACACCAACAAUCAAGUUUAACAAUAAACCGCAAUAACAGCAAAAUUGUAAUACAGAAGCAUCAAUAAUCCUGGUAAUCCUAUUCUCUCGAAUGCCUGGGAGAAGACGCACGUUCUGACCUGAUGCUGAAAGGAUGUAAAUAAAUGUCAGCACCAGGAAGGCCUCACUGGGGAGGCUGCAGCCAAAAUGGCCCUCUCCCUUGUCACCACCUUCUAGACCUAUCUUGGAGGGGAGACCCAGCGAAGGGCCUCAAACAAUGAGCACAAGGUCUACCCAUGUUUAAGAGGAGAGGCUUUAGGGCAGGGGUCAGCAAGGCUUACCUUGCCUCGGCUGGUUCAUUGCCACAGAGCCCCUCUGUGGGCCAGAUCACAGGUGCGUGAUUUUCGGCGUCUGCGCAGGUGUAAUUUCCAGCAUCUGUGCAUGCGCAGACACAAUUUCCAGCGCUGUGAAAGCGAGUCCCCGCACUGGUUUAGCGCAGUGCGCGGGGGCUUGCCCUGCAGGCGGCUCGGUUCGGGGGUGGCUCGUGGGCUGGUAAAACCACCCCGUGGGCCGCUUGUGGCCCAUGGGCCUUAGGUUGCCGACCCCUGCUUUAGGGCCUUGAGCCACAUAAGGCUUUCCAGGUUAAACUAAGACUUGGAAUUGGUCCCGGAAACAAAUAGCCAGUGCGCCUAUGCCAGAACCAAUGAUGGGCUCAGACCACUUCAUUUCCCUCAUCAGUCGUGCUGCCACAUCCUACACCAGCUGCAGUUUUUGAGCUGUCUUGAAAGGCAGCCUCAUGUAUAGUGCAUUGUUGUAAUCGAAAACAGAGGUUGCUAGAGGAUAGAUUACCAAGGAACCACCCACUAACAGCGUCUCGUUGUUUCGGAUUGAGCCUCAUCCAGUCCGUCACCAUGACCAGGCACCAGUUCAGCACACCAACCAUCUCAGCGGCAGAAAGAGAGAUGCGUGCCGUCAGCGUACGGAUGGCGAUACGCUCCGAGAUGCUGUAUGGGCCCCACUCAGUGGCUUUACGUACAUGCCAAAAAGUACAAAACCAAAAUGCUGAAUAGGAACUGAAUUCUCGGCUCUGUCUUUUGCAGGAAUCCAAAUGGCAAAGGUUUGGUGGAAUGGCCUCAGUAUGGUCUGAAUGAAGAAUAUUUGGAAUUAAACCUGGAGCAAAGGAAAGCAGAGAAGCUGAGGAAGAACAAGGUGGACUUCUGGUUAAAGACACUGCCUGAAAAAUGAAGAAAAUGGCUGAAGGAAAGGAAAAACAUGGGGAACUGUAACCAGUGGCCAAAUUGCCCCAGCUUAUUUUUGUUUGUUUUGAGAAUAAACACUUUCCAACAAGAAUUAUUUCAGUCUGAAAAAUGCAUUUGUUCAACCUAUGUUCUAACGCCGAAAAUCUUAGCUAUUAUGAGAUACUAUUUAUACAGCAGAAAUGCCAGGUGAUUCACAUCAACAAUUAGGAAAUCCUGCCAAUGAUUUGAAGAGUAAUGCGUUUAUGCCCCAGUGCAGUUUAAGAAUCCUGUGCAUGGCUGCACCGCCUUGUUGAUUAGUCAGCUUAGGUCACUGAUCUUAAAAAACGUCUCACGCAAAUACUUGGCAAACAAGCACAGGCAGUUGGCAUUAUUUUAGGAGAGGCAUUUCACCUUUUCUAAGAUUGUGCCCACUUUGACAAGCUGACUUCCUCGCUGUUGGGUUUUAGAUGAAAAAUAUAAAUGGGGCAGGAAGUCACAGAAGGGAGAUGUUCAUGCCUAGCCCAUGAGGGUGGGACAAGUGUCCUUCAUGAUUUCCUCCCCCCUUUUCAAACACCAAGUGAAGAAAUCCAAAGCUUGGCAGGUUGGAUAGGAAUCUAAAUGGGGUGGGGGCUCGUUGCAAACUCUGACCUGUGGACAGGCAGCUCAAAUUCAAUCUGUAAUCUGCAGUUCUUAACCUUGGAGCCUGUAUAAAGGCAGCAUCAUAUAAAGCAAACAGAGAGCACAGUUACACAGUACAAAAAAAAAUACAAUCCAAAUACAAUACCUGAGAAGGUAUUCCCUUCUCAGAGUACCUGUGGAUUGGGAAAAUCCAGAUUUAGUGGGUGUAAAAUAAGGGCUGCCACUUAGAUGUGGAGGUUGUGAAGAAAUGAUAAUAAGAAACUGAGAGAUAUCUCACUUGGUAGAGCAUGAGACUCUUAAUCUCAGGGUUGUGAGUUUGAGCCCCAUGUUGGGUGAAAGAUUCCUGCAUUGCGGGGGGGGGGGGGUUUUGAAAGAAUGGCUACUUCUUGAAAACACUGACAUUUUGGACUUAGAAGGUUUUAACAAUGUAUUUGGAUGGCAUGCAUAUUUAUGGUACGAUAAGGUCAAAGCACAUAAAGCAUUUAAAAACCAUAUUGUCAGGAAAGCGCUGUUUAAUGUUUGGAUAAGAUAUAAGGAUUUGUUAGAAAACAAAACCCCAAGGUGGCUGUCACCAAUGGAAGCGAAAGCCUUGAAAAAGCUCAAUAUGGAGGUCAAUUGGCCAAAAUAUUGGGAAAUUUUGGAACAAGAUGGAGAUAGACUGAAAUUGCAGAGUUUUGAAAAACUAAAAAACAAAGUGCGAGACUGGCUUCAUUAUUUUCAGAUAAUGGAGGCAUUUAAAUUGGACAGGAAAAUUGGCUUCCAGGUGGAAAGAUCAAAAUUGGAAACAGAAUUGUUAGAUCCUAAAACUAAGAAUUUAUCAAGAAUGUAUAACUUGCUGUUGAAAUGGAACACACAGGAUGAAACGGUUAAAUCUGUUAUGAUUAAAUGGGCACAAGAUUUUGGACAUAACAUUAUGUUUGCUGACUGGGAACAGUUAUGGACCACAGGUAUGAAAUUUACGGCUUGUAAUGCCUUAAGAGAAAAUAUAAUGAAAAUGAUUUACAGGUGGUACUUAACCCCAGUCAAGCUAGCAAAAAUCUAUCAUUUGCCAGAUAGUAAAUGUUGGAAAUGUAAAGAGACGGAGGGUACAUUUUUUCACCUUUGGUGGACAUGCCCAAGGAUUAAGGCUUUCUGGGAAAUGAUAUAUAAUGAAAUGAAAAAGGUAUUUAAAUAUACCUUUCUGAAGAAACCAGAGGCCUUUCUUCUGGGCAUGGUCGGCCAAUUGGUGCGAAGGGAGGAUAGAACUUUCUUUAUGUAUGCUACAACAGCAGCAAGAAUACUCAUCGGGAAGUACUGGAAGACACAAGAAUUGCCCACCCGAGAAGAAUGGCAGAUGAAAGUGAUGGACUACAUGGAACUGGCUGAGAUGACCGGCAGAAUUCGAGACCAGGGAGAAGGGUCGAUGGAAGAAGAUUGGAAAAAAUUCAAAAUAUAUCUUCAAAAGUACUGCAAUAUAAAAGAAUGUUAGAAGGAGGUUGGAAAAAGAAUAUUAGGUCGUUUGGGUAGAUACGAUAUAAUGGAAUAAGCAAAAAUGAGUUGAUGAAUUUGAUGAAAUAGAGGAGGUUUAAUUACACUAUUUUAAUUUUAAAAUACGUAAAUGAAAAUAAGGUUAGAGGGAUUUGCUGGAAACACGAUUUGAACUAGAAUACAAAAUUGGGAGGUGAGAGGAGGUCAUGGAAAUAAGUCAAGGGAAAAGGUUAUGUAAAGGUUUAACCUGCUUUUGUUUUAUUUUUAACUUAAUGCAUUUUUAUAUUUUUUGUUAAGUUUUCUUUUUUAUCCUAUCUUACUGUUCUUUUUAUUUGUUUAUUUUUUGCUUUGUUAUGGUUAAAGUUUUCUUUGUAUUCCGUAUGGUUUUUCUUUUUUUUCCUGUAAUUUUAAAUUUGGAAUAAAUAUCAUU